AUGCGGGCCCUUCUCUCUGUCCCAGGCCUCCUAGCCUCCCUGGCCUUGCUCCACGCUGCAGCAUCUGCCACAAGUGAACAGGCCACCAAGACUGCUACCAUGUCUUAUGUUGUGAGUCAGGUCAAGGUCCAAGUCAACAAGGCCUUCCUGGAUUCCCGGACCAGGCUGAAGACUUCCAUGAGCAAUAAGGCAGCCACCACCCGACAGCUCUCAGAGUACCUCAAGCAUGCCAAGGGCCGGACGCGCACAGCCAUCCGCAACGGGCAGGUGUGGGAGGAGUCCUUAAAGAGACUGAGGCAGAAAGCGACCUCCACCAAUGUCACAGACCCCAGCCUGGACUUGACUGCACUCUCCUGGGAGGUGGGCUGUGGGGCCCCUGUUCCUGAAGUGAUAUGCGACAACAGCUCCUACCGCACCCUUACAGGAGACUGCAAUAACCAGAGGAACCCCGCUCUGGGCGCUGCCAACAGGGCGCUGGCGCGCUGGCUGCCGGCGGAGUACGAGGACGGGCUCUCCCUGCCCUUCGGGUGGACGCCGGGGAAGACCCGGAACGGCUUCCGGAUCCCGCUGGCCCGUGAGGUAUCCAACCAGAUUGCCAGCUACCUGAAUGAGGAGGAUGUUCUGGACCAGAACACGUCCCUGCUCUUCAUGCAGUGGGGUCAGAUUGUGGACCACGACCUGGAUUUUGCCCCCGACACUGAGCUGGGGAGCAGCGAGUACUCCAAAGAGCAAUGUGACAAGUACUGUCUCCAGGGAGACAACUGCUUCCCCAUCGUGCUCCCGCACGAUGACCCCAAGGUGAUGACUCAAGGGAAGUGCAUGCCUUUCUUCAGAGCGGGGUUUGUCUGUCCCACUCCGCCUUACCAGACCCUGGCCCGAGAGCAGAUCAACGCUCUGACCUCCUUUCUGGAUGCCAGCUUAGUGUACGGCCCCGAGCCCAGCCUGGCCAGCCGCCUCCGCAACCUCAGCAGCCCCCUGGGCCUCAUGGCUGUCAACCAGGAGGUCUGGGACCACGGGCUGGCCUACUUGCCCUUUGACAAAAAGAAGCCAAGCCCCUGUGAGUUCAUCAACACCACUGCCCGCGUGCCCUGCUUCCUGACGGGGGAUUCCCGAGCCUCGGAGCACAUCCUGCUGGCCGCCUCCCACACCCUCUUUCUCCGAGAGCACAACCGGCUGGCCCGGGAGCUGAAGAGGCUCAAUCCUCAGUGGGAUGGAGAGAAGCUCUACCAGGAAGCCCGGAAAAUCCUGGGGGCCUUCGUGCAGAUCAUCACCUUUAGGGACUACCUCCCCAUUGUGCUAGGUGUGGAGAUGGAGAAGUGGAUCCCUCCUUACAGAGGCUACAAUAAAUCUGUGGACCCCCGAAUUUCCAAUGUCUUCACCUUUGCUUUCCGCUUCGGCCACUUGGAGGUUCCCUCCACUGUGUCCCGCCUGGAUGAGAACUACCAGCCAUGGGGUCCAGAACCAGAGCUCCCCUUGCACACCCUCUUCUUCAACAGCUGGAGGAUGGUCAAAGACGGUGGAAUUGACCCUCUGGUGCGGGGCCUACUGGCCAAGAAGUCCAAGUUGAUGAAGCAGAAUAAAAUGAUGACGGGAGAGCUGCGCAACAAGCUUUUCCAGCCCACUCACAAGAUCCAUGGCUUCGACCUGGCUGCCAUUAACAUACAGCGUGGCCGGGACCACGGGAUGCCUGGGUAUAACUCCUGGAGAGGCUUCUGCGACCUCUUGCAGCCCCAGACGCUGGCAGAGCUGGGUGCUGUGCUGAAGAACGAAAUGCUGGCCAAGAAGUUCCUGGAUCUCUAUGGGACCCCUAGCAACAUCGACAUCUGGAUUGGGGGCAUUGCUGAGCCACUGGUAGAAAGGGGCCGGGUGGGGUCUCUCCUGGCCUGCCUCCUGGGGAAACAGUUCCAGCAGAUCCGAGAUGGAGACAGGUUCUGGUGGGAGAACCCUGGCGUCUUCACUGAGAAGCAGCGGGACUCUCUGCAGAAAAUGUCCUUCUCACGCCUCGUCUGUGACAACACCCACAUCACCAAAGUCCCGCCAAACCCGUUCCAGGCCAACAGCUACCCCCAAGACUUUGUGGAUUGCUCAGCCAUUGAGAAGCUGGACCUCUCACCCUGGGCCUCAGAGGGGAUUUAGGGACCAUCCACACUGUGCGGGGAAGCGCCCUUUGGUCCGUGAUGCCAUUUCAAGCAAGUUCAAUGACCACUCCCUGAGUCCUCCACACCCUGUCCCAGCCCUUCUUUUCAGCCAGGUCUUGCUGCACUUGACAGAUGCAUACCCCACGCAAGCCCAAGGCCAGAGCCUUGGCCGUUCCAGUUCUUCCACUUGAAAUCCGCUGCUCCCAUCCCCUCUGCCUGGGGAGAUCCUCGUUUGUCAUGAUGUAGACCUGCCGAGAUGCCCUUCCAGUCUAGCUUGCCAGAUGUCACCUAGCCUCUCCCUGGGAUAAGUCUUGGCCGAGGCUGUGGCCUUUGCACCCUUAUCUCUCCUCUUUCUUCUCAACUAGAUUGUAAGUUCCUUGAACCAGGGAAUUGACCUGCUUCUGAGGGUCUCCUGUGCCACCCAGCAAGGUGCUUGGUACACAGUAAGCACUCAAUAAAUGCCUGAUGAUUGACUAAAGA